UGUGGGUUCUGUGCUGAGGGGAAGAACCUUUGUAACACAACAUCCGGGCACUGUCCGGACAGACCUAACUUAUCACGGUGCAUGCCGGGACACAAGGGAAUCAAAUGUGAUACAGCAUGUACCGACGGACAAUGGGACGCGGACUGCCGAACGCCGUGUGGUUUCUGUUACAACGGGACUGUGUGUAACAAGACGUCAGGAAAAUGUCCCUUUACUGAGGGGAAUCCCCUCUGUUCAGCUGGUUACAGGUACACAGACACAACGUGUCGUAUACCAUGUGCCGACCGACAAUGGGGCGUCAACUGCCAAACGCCGUGUGGUUUCUGUUAUAACGGGACUGUGUGUAACAAGACGUCAGGGGAAUGUUCCGUUACUGAGGGGAAUCUCCCGUGUUCACCUGGUUACAGGUACACAGACACAACGUGUCGUACACCCUGCGAGAACGGGACAUGGGGAGAUAACUGUUCCGUGGACUGCAGCGAGAAUUGUAAAUCAGGAGGUUGUGAUUUCGUUACUGGAGCAUGUCUGGGCGUGUGUCAACUCGGCUUUACAGGGCACAGAUGUGAGACAGGUGUGUAAAGUUUGUCUGCAAUAGAGAUCAUAGAAUUAUUUGAGAGUCUCCGGAUUUACACGUAAGAUGUAUGACAGAUCCUGUAGAAUUAUUGUUAGAAUGGUUUUACUUUCAUAUUUUACUGAUGCAAGGAUGUGAUGUUUUGUUGUGAGACAACAGUCGUUGGAAUGUCUACAUUUGAAUGAUUUAGUGA